AUGGCUUCAUCACCUUCCUCCUCGCGCACCACCACUCCCUCCCCGACGAGGUCCUCUGCGGCGGACUCGUUAGCAUCGCUUUCUCCACCAAGGACACCGCCAAAUCUUCACCAAAACUCGAUUGACCCAGCGGCGAGAUGGGUUGUACAAAAGUACGGCGGUACCAGCGUCGGCAAGUUUGCGCAAAGAAUCGCGAGCGAGAUCAUUCCGAGCUUUCUGGACGACCAUAAGCUUGCCAUUGUCUGCUCUGCGCGUUCCGGCUCAACAAAAGCUCUGGGGACUACGAACCUACUUCUCAGAGCAGCUUCUGAGGCCUUGCGCCCCCGACAGACAUCAACACAAGCGACAUCGUUCUCGUCUCCAGCUCCAUCUGGCACACAGACACCUCUCAACACCAGCAUGUUCCUCGAACGUGCGCGCUCGUUCUCAGGCUCGCCGCCCAGAGCCGACUCCGGGCAGCCUGCCUUCAGCGCCACCGUCGACGUAAUCCGAGAACAGCAUCUACUUGCUGCACGUGAAGUGGUCCGCGACAGUAGUAUACGAGCCGAGCUGGAGGCGGAAAUCGCGCGAGAUUGUGACGGUCUUCGCUCGUUCUUGUUAGCGACUCAAGUCAUCGAUGAGAUAUCGCCUCGCUCAAAAGACAGCAUCAUCGGCUUCGGUGAGAAGCUAGCGUGUAAAAUCAUGGCAGCGGCCCUGCGGGAUCAGGGCAUCGACUCCGAGUUUGUAUCUUUAGAUGGCAUUGUACCACCACACGAGGACCAUAUAGAGGGUUCACUGGGCCAGGAUUUCUAUGAUAAAGUCAGUGCCGCGUUUGCCGAGCGCAUCAACGCCUGCGGUCCGCGCGUUCCGGUCGUGACAGGUUUCUUCGCUCCGGUACCAGGCUCUCUCCUCCGCCAAGUCGGCCGAGGCUAUACCGAUCUUGCGGCGGCCUUGCUCGCGGCUGGCCUAGAUGCAGCCGAACUUCAGAUCUGGAAAGAAGUCGACGGGAUAUUCACCGCUGACCCGCGCAAGGUGCUCACCGCGCGCCUCAUCCCCGUCAUCUCGCCCGAGGAAGCGGCGGAGUUGACGUACUACGGCUCAGAGGUCGUUCACCCGUUCACGAUGGAGCAGGUCAUUCGUCGCAAGAUCCCUAUUCGCAUCAAGAACGUCGAGAAUCCUAAAGGUGGAGGCACAGUGAUACAACCUGAUGCGGACACAUCUGCGUCGGGCAGUACGACUGGUAGUGCGGCGGAUGGCUGGGAGCCUCAGGCGUUGAAUAUGGGCACGGGCACGAUAGACCCAGCUCAUCUCGCGCUCGCGCUCGCAGAUGGGAUCGAGUCGGCUCCCACCAGGAAGUUGCCGACUGCUGUGACGAUCAAGGAGAGGAUCGUUGUACUCAACGUACAGAGCAAUCGCAAGAGCGUGAGCCACGGGUUCUUAGCGGGGAUAUUCGGCACGCUCGAUCGGUUUGGAAUUGUGGUGGAUCUUAUCUCGACGUCAGAGGUUUACGUCUCGAUGGCCAUAGAAGAUAUCUUUGACCGCAAGAUACUCGCGCGUCUUGUACGCGAAUUAGAGAAGUUUGGCACCGUUUCCGUACAUCGCGACAUGGCCAUCCUCUCGUUAGUUGGCAAGCAGAUGCGCAACCUGGUCGGGAUUGCUGGUCGCUUUUUCGCCUCGCUUGCACAGGGCAACAUCAACAUUGAGAUGAUUUCUCAAGGCGCGAAUGAAAUCAACAUCUCCUGCGUCAUCGAUGCCCGCGACGCCGUUAAGGCGCUCAACCUCAUCCAUCAAUCGUGUCUUCAGAUCAAACCCGAGGGUCCCAAGGGGAGAGUUGGCCCGUGGUUGUUCUAA